GGGCCGAGGCCCGGCGCCUGCUCUGCUGCCCGCGCUGCCUUUAGCGGUCGCCCCCGCCGCCGCUGCCAGGGACGUGCUGGGAAAGCCGAAGCCCCGGGAGAAGAUGCCGGCCAUCCUGGUAGCCUCCAAGAUGAAGUCGGGACUGCCCAAACCCGUGCACAGCGCCGCGCCCAUCCUGCACGUGCCCCCGGCCCGGGCUGGCCCCCAACCCUGCUACCUUAAACUGGGGAGCAAGGUGGAGGUGAGCAAGACCGCCUACCCGAGCCUGAUCCCCCUGAAAUCGCAGGGGCUGCAAGACCCGGCGGGGGAGGUUCUUCCGCUGCGGAACAGCGGCUCAGUGGAAAACGGGUUCGAUACCCAGAUCUACACGGACUGGGCCAAUCACUAUCUAGCCAAAUCUGGCCACAAACGUCUCAUCAAGGAUCUCCAGCAAGAUGUGACCGACGGCGUCCUCCUGGCCCAGAUCAUCCAGGUCGUGGCAAAUGAAAAGAUUGAAGACAUCAAUGGCUGCCCAAAGAACAGAUCGCAAAUGAUUGAAAAUAUAGAUGCCUGCUUGAAUUUCCUGGCAGCUAAGGGAAUAAACAUCCAGGGGCUGUCUGCAGAAGAAAUCAGGAAUGGAAACCUCAAGGCCAUCCUAGGCCUCUUCUUCAGCCUCUCUCGAUACAAGCAGCAGCAACAGCAACCCCAGAAGCAGCACCUCUCCUCCCCCGUGCCACCUUCUGGGUGUCCUGUGGCCGGGGCCCCCUCCCAGUGCCAGGCUGGCACCACUCAGCAACAGGUGCCGGCCACCGCCCAAGCCCUGUGCCAGCCUCACCAGCCAGCGCUACUCCAGCCGUCCAAAGCACAAGCUGAAAUGCAGUCCAGUGUAUCACCCAAGGACUCAUCUCAAAGCAAAAUCAUCCGCUUCACCCUGGGUCAGAAAAAGAUCUCUAGACUUCCAGGUCCUACCGUAAGGGUAUCCACUGCAGGCAGCGAGGCCAAAACACGUGGAGGGUCAGCCACUGCUAACAACCGGCGCAGCCAGAGCUUUAACAACUAUGACAAGUCCAAGCCAGUCACCUCACCACCCCCACCCCCAGCACCAAGUAGCCACGAAAAAGAACCACUGAGGAGCUCGGCCUCCGCCCACCCCGGCAUGAGCGAAAAUGCAGCUGCUCCCUCGGACACCAGCAGCCCCGCCGUGCCCACUAACUGCAGCGCCUCCUCCGCCAUCCCGCAGCCCUCGGCCGCCAAGCCCUGGCGCAGCAAGUCCCUCAGCGUGAAGCACAGCGCCGCGGCCAGCGCCAGGCCGCCCGCGCCCGAGGCCCCCAGGCCCGCGCCCGAAGCCAUGAAGCCAGCGCCCAACAAUCAGAAGUCCAUGCUGGAAAAGCUGAAACUCUUCAACAGCAAAGGGGGCUCCAAGGCGGGCGAGGGCCCGGGCUCCCGAGACGCGAGCUGUGAGCGGCUGGAGAUCCUGCCGAGCUGCGAGGAGAACGAGGAGCUGGAGCCCGCGGGCCGCACGCUGUCCAGCGCGGGCCCCGCCUCCAGCAGCCCCAAGAUCGCGCUCAAGGGCAUCGCCCAGCGGACUUUCAGCCGGGCCCUGACCAACAAGAAGAGCUCCCCUAAAGGCAACGAGAAAGAGAAGGAAAAACAGCAGCGGGAGAAAGAGAAGGAGAAAGGCAAGGACCUCACCAAGAGAGCUUCGGUGACGGAAAGACCGGACCUCAAGGAGGAGCCCAGGGACGAGCCCAGUGGCGCAGCCGUGACCGAGAUGCCAAAAAAGUCCUCCAAGAUCGCCAGCUUCAUCCCCAAGGGCGGGAAGCUGAGCAGUGCCAAGAAGGAGGCCGCCGCCCCUUCCCACAGCGGCAUCCCCAAACCAGGGCCGAAGAGCACGCCCGGCAAGUCCCCGAGUGCCCCCGCGCUGCCCAAGGAUGGGGAGCGGAGCCGCGGCGCCAAGCCGGGCUCGGGGCUCCCCCCGCAGAAGCCCCCGCUCGAUGGCCGCCACUCCAGCUCCUCCUCCAGCCUGGCGUCCUCGGAGGGAAAAGCCCCGGGCGGGGCCACUCUGAACCACAGCAUCAGCAGCCAGACCGUGAGUGGGUCCGUGGGGAGCACCCAGAGCACGGGAAGCAAUACUGUCAGUGUUCAGCUACCUCAGCCUCAGCAGCAAUACAGCCAUCCCAACACUGCCACGGUCGCACCCUUCCUGUACAGGUCCCAGACGGACACUGAGGGGAAUGUCACUGCCGAGUCCAGCCCCACAGGGAUGAGCACGGAGCCCGGCCACUAUACCAAGAGUGGACAGCCUGCCCUGGAGGAGUGCACGGGGGAAGACCCCGAGGCUCGGCGGCUGCGGACAGUGAAGAACAUCGCUGAUCUGCGGCAGAAUUUGGAGGAGACCAUGUCCAGUUUACGGGGAACUCAGGUGACACACAGCACAUUGGAAACCACGUUUGACACCAAUGUCACUACGGAGAUAAGUGGCCGCAGCAUCCUCAGUUUGACAGGGAGACCCACGCCUCUGUCCUGGCGACUCGGCCAGUCCAGCCCCCGGCUCCAGGCAGGAGAUGCCCCCUCCAUGGGCAAUGGGUACCCACCUCGAGCCAACGCCAGCCGGUUCAUCAGCACCGAGUCGGGCCGCUACGUGUACUCGGCACCUCUGCGAAGGCAGCUGGCCUCCCGGGGCAGCAGUGUCUGCCAUGUGGACAUCUCAGACAAAGCAGGGGACGAGGUGGACCUGGAAGGCAUCAGCGUGGACGCCCCUGGCUACAUGAGCGACGGGGAUGUUCUGAGCAAGAACAUCCGGAGCGACGACAUCACAAGCGGGUACAUGACCGAUGGUGGACUGGGCCUCUACACGCGUCGCCUGAACCGGCUCCCCGACGGGAUGGCGGUGGUGCGGGAGACCCUGCAGCGAAAUACCUCCCUGGGCCUUGGUGACGCCGACAGCUGGGACGACAGCAGCUCCGUCAGCAGCGGCAUCAGCGACACCAUAGACAACCUCAGCACAGAUGACAUCAAUACCAGCUCCUCCAUCAGCUCCUACGCCAACACGCCGGCCUCCUCCCGGAAGAACUUGGAUGUGCAGACUGAUGCUGAGAAGCACUCGCAGGUGGAGAGGAAUUCCCUGUGGUCUGGCGAUGAUGUCAAGAAAUCCGACGGAGGGUCAGACAGCGGCAUAAAGAUGGAGCCAGGGGCCAAGUGGAGGCGGAACCCCUCUGAUGUGUCGGAUGAGUCAGACAAGAGCACAUCAGGCAAGAAGCAUCCGGUCAUCUCGCAGACAGGCUCAUGGCGGCGGGGCAUGACGGCACAAGUGGGCAUCACUGUGCCUCGGACGAAGCCAUCCGCCCCAGCAAGUGCGCUGAAGACCCCAGGAACGGGAAAAACAGAUGAUGCAAAGGUGUCUGAGAAGGGAAGGCUUUCGCCCAAAGCCUCCCAGGUGAAGCGGUCCCCAUCUGAUGCAGGCCGCAGCAGCGGUGACGAAUCCAAAAAGCCCCUACCCAGCAGCUCCAGGACACCCACCGCCAAUGCCAACAGCUUUGGGUUCAAGAAGCAGAGUGGCUCAGUGGCCGGGCUGGCCAUGAUUACAGCCAGCGGGGCCACUGUCACUAGCAGAUCAGCCACACUGGGCAAGAUCCCAAAGUCAUCCGCGCUCGUGGGCAGGUCCAGUGGUCGGAAGACAAGCAUGGAUGGGACUCAGAAUCAGGACGAUGGCUAUCUGUCUCUCAGCUCCCGGACAAACUUGCAGUACCGGAGUCUGCCGAGGCCCAGUAAGUCCAACAGCAGAAACGGGGCUGGGAACAGGUCUAGCACCAGCAGCAUCGAUUCCAACAUCAGCAGCAAGUCAGCGGGCCUGCCCGUGCCCAAGCUGCGGGAGCCUUCAAAAACAGCCCUGGGCAGCUCUCUGCCAGGCCUGGUCAACCAGACUGAUAAGGAGAAGGGUAUCUCCUCGGACAAUGAGAGUGUGGCUUCCUGUAACUCCGUGAAAGUGAACCCAGCUGCCCAGCCUGUGUCGAGCUCAGCCCAAGCAGCCCUGCAGCCUGGGGCCAAGUACCCAGAUGUGGCCUCUCCCACCCUCCGCAGACUCUUUGGUGGGAAGCCUACCAAGCAAGUGCCCAUCGCCACCGCUGAAAACAUGAAAAAUUCGGUGGUCAUCUCCAACCCUCAUGCCACCAUGACCCAGCAAGGUAACUUAGACUCCCCCUCAGGUAGUGGCAUCCUGAGCAGUGGGAGCAGCAGCCCUCUCUACAGUAAGAACGUGGACCUCAACCAGUCUCCUCUAGCCUCCAGCCCCAGCUCGGCCCACUCGGGCCCUUCCAACAGCCUCACGUGGGGCACCACAGCCAGCAGCUCCUCGGCGGUCAGCAAGGACGGCCUGGGCUUCCAGUCAGUCAGCAGCCUGCACACCAGCUGCGAGUCCAUUGACAUCUCCCUUGGUAGCGGAGGGGGGCUGAGCCACAACUCCUCCACUGGCCUCCUCAGCUCCUCCAAGGAUGACUCCCUGCCGCCCUUUGUGCGAACCAACAGUGUGAAGACCACACUGUCGGAAAGCCCUCUCUCUUCCCCUGCUGCUAGCCCUAAGUUCUGCAGAAGUACUCUGCCCAGGAAACAGGACAGUGACCCGCACCUUGAUAGGAACACUUUGCCUAAGAAAGGACUCAGGUACCCCCCCACCUCCCAGCUGCGCACGCAGGAAGACGCAAAAGAAUGGUUAAGGUCCCACUCUGCUGGAGGUCUCCAGGACACCGCUGCCAAUUCCCCCUUUUCCUCCGGCUCCAGUGUAACCUCUCCCUCUGGAACAAGAUUCAACUUCUCCCAGCUUGCGAGUCCCACCACUGUCACCCAGAUGAGCUUGUCCAACCCCACCAUGCUGCGGACCCACAGCCUGUCCAAUGCGGAUGGGCAGUACGACCCAUACACCGACAGCCGCUUCCGGAACAGCUCCAUGUCCCUGGAUGAGAAGAGCAGAACCGUGAGCCGGUCGGGCUCCUUCCGGGAUGGCUUUGAAGAAGUUCAUGGAUCCUCACUCUCCCUGGUUUCCAGCACAUCCUCCAUUUAUUCUACACCAGAAGAAAAGUGCCAGUCGGAGAUCCGCAAGCUGAGGCGGGAACUGGAUGCCUCCCAGGAGAAGGUCUCAGCGUUGACCACCCAGCUGACAGCAAACGCCCACCUCGUGGCAGCCUUUGAGCAGAGUCUCGGAAACAUGACCAUCAGGCUCCAGAGUCUGACCAUGACAGCCGAGCAGAAGGAUUCAGAACUGAACGAGUUAAGAAAAACCAUCGAGCUGCUAAAGAAACAGAACGCAGCUGCCCAGGCUGCCAUUAAUGGAGUAAUUAACACUCCUGAGCUCAACUGCAAAGGAAAUGGCGCCUCGCAGGCCGCAGACCUCCGCAUCCGUAGACAGCACUCCUCCGACAGUGUCUCCAGCAUCAACAGCGCCACCAGCCACUCUAGUGUGGGCAGCAACAUCGAGAGCGACUCCAAGAAGAAGAAGAGGAAGAACUGGGUUAAUGAGUUACGCAGCUCCUUCAAGCAAGCUUUUGGAAAGAAGAAGUCCCCUAAGUCGGCAUCCUCUCAUUCGGACAUUGAGGAGAUGACGGAUUCUUCUUUGCCUUCCUCACCAAAGUUACCACACAACGGCUCCACAGGAUCCACCCCAUUGCUGAGGAAUUCUCACUCCAACUCUCUAAUCUCAGAGUGCAUGGAUAGUGAAGCUGAGACGGUCAUGCAGCUCCGGAACGAGCUGAGAGACAAGGAGAUGAAGCUGACAGACAUCCGCCUGGAAGCCCUCAGCUCUGCCCACCAGCUCGACCAGCUCCGGGAUGCCAUGAAUAGGAUGCAGAGUGAAAUCGAGAAGCUCAAAGCUGAGAAUGACCGGCUGAAGUUGGAGUCUCAGGGCAGCGGCUGCAGCCGGGCACCCUCCCAGGCAUCCAUCUCCGUGUCCCCUCGCCAGUCGCUGGGCCUCUCCCAGCACAGCCUGAACCUCACCGAGUCGACCAGCCUGGACAUGUUGCUGGAUGACACUGGUGAAUGCUCGGCUCGGAAGGAAGGAGGCAGGCAUGUUAAGAUAGUUGUCAGCUUUCAGGAGGAAAUGAAGUGGAAGGAGGAUUCCAGGCCACACCUCUUUCUGAUCGGCUGCAUUGGUGUUAGUGGCAAGACCAAGUGGGAUGUGCUGGACGGGGUGGUUAGACGGCUCUUCAAAGAGUACAUCAUCCACGUGGACCCCGUGAGCCAGCUGGGGCUGAAUUCAGACAGUGUCCUCGGCUACAGCAUUGGGGAAAUCAAGCGAAGCAACGGUUCUGAGACCCCCGAGCUCCUCCCCUGCGGCUACCUGGUGGGCGAGAACACUACCGUCUCCGUGAGCGUCAGAGGGCUCGCGGAAAACAGCCUGGACUCGCUGGUGUUCGAGUCCUUGAUCCCCAAGCCCAUCCUGCAGCGCUACGUGUCCCUGCUGGUAGAGCACCGGCGGAUCAUCCUCUCUGGCCCCAGCGGCACAGGCAAAACCUACCUGGCCAACCGGCUGUCAGAGUACGUGGUGCUUCGAGAGGGACGGGAGCUGACAGAUGGGGUUAUCGCCACCUUCAACGUGGACCAUAAAUCCAGCAAGGAACUGCGCCAGUACCUGUCCAACCUUGCCGACCAGUGCAACAGCGAGAACAAUGCGGUGGACAUGCCCCUCGUCAUCAUCCUGGACAACCUGCACCACGUCAGCUCCCUGGGCGAGAUCUUCAACGGGCUGCUCAACUGCAAGUACCAUAAAUGCCCUUACAUCAUUGGCACAAUGAACCAGGCUACCUCUUCUACUCCCAACCUGCAGCUGCAUCAUAACUUCAGGUGGGUGCUCUGUGCCAACCACACAGAGCCAGUGAAGGGUUUCCUCGGCCGCUUCCUGAGGAGGAAGCUCAUGGAGACGGAGAUCAGUGGGCGGGUGCGGAAUGUGGAGCUGGUCAAGAUCAUCGACUGGAUCCCCAAGGUCUGGCAUCACCUCAACCGCUUCCUGGAGGCUCACAGCUCCUCUGACGUCACCAUCGGCCCCCGGCUCUUCCUGUCAUGCCCCAUCGACGUGGAUGGCUCAAGAGUGUGGUUCACUGACUUGUGGAACUACUCCAUCAUCCCCUACCUCCUAGAAGCCGUCAGAGAAGGACUCCAGCUGUAUGGACGGCGCGCGCCCUGGGAGGAUCCUGCCAAGUGGGUGAUGGACACCUACCCGUGGGCAGCCAGCCCCCAGCAGCACGAGUGGCCUCCCCUGCUGCAGCUACGACCUGAGGAUGUUGGCUUCGAUGGCUACGCCGUGCCGCGGGAGGGAUCCUCCAGCAAACAAGUGCCCCCCAGCGACGCUGAAGGAGACCCGCUGAUGAACAUGCUGAUGCGGCUGCAGGAAGCAGCCAACUACUCCAGCCCCCAGAGCUACGACAGCGACUCCAACAGCAACAGCCACCAUGACGACAUCCUAGACUCGUCCUUGGAGUCCACUCUGUGACAGGGGCCCGGCCGUGGGGCCCACCCUCCACUCCUUGCCUCACCCCAUUCCACCGCAUCCUUCUCCACAUCGUCCGAAGAGGACUUCCUGAGCCAGCCUGGCUACACGCAGCCUCCGAGCCGCAGGAGCCCCAAGUCCCCGAGUCCUCGUGUCCCUCAUCCAACUGCCUGGGGUCCGCUUCCCUCCACAGUGAGAACUGCACUAUCUUCUGUUUGACUUUAAUCCUUGUUUUGCCUUGUUGCUGUGACCUCCCUAAAGACACUGACGAUACUUCUCUCGGGAAAGGAUCAUCGCCAUUGAAAUAAGUUGAAAAUAGUUCAAAAAAGAACCCACUGGAAGCUCUGAAACCAAACAGCGUCCUGCCAGGAGCUGCCCAGAGAUGGAAGGGACAGGAGCCAAGUUGGUGACGUUGACAGCAGGGCUUCCCCGCAGCUGCAGCCACACCCCGACCUCCCACCCAGCCUGUCACAGAACUGGUGCUAGCAGCGGGACACUGGCUUUGGUCACCGGCCCCGCACUGCAGAGCUCGGGCCAGGGAAAGCUGAGAAGGAAACGCAUCAUGCUUUUUUGUGUUUUUUAAAUGGUGCUCUCCUUGCCUGAGAGAUAUUUCGCCUGUUCUAUUCAGCCUCCCGUUCCAGGUCCCUCAGGCCCCCCAUGAUCCAUGAGAGUGAGUGACUGAGUAAAUGUGAGCGUGCGGGUGUGGCUCUCCUUGCAGAACAGCACGUAUCUGUUCCUUUUUUUAUGUGUCAAUGAAUCAGGUUGGUUUUUAUUUUAUUUUUCUGCAAACACUGUGUAUAUUGAGAAUUGUUCUCCUUCGGGGACCUGAUGACCUUGGUAAAAUGAGGUUGAGUUUCUCCCUUUCUGACUCACUUGCUUUUGAAGAUUUUUCUCCUUCCGCUCUUGGUGAGAGUCGCUCCUUUGGUGAAAGUUAGGGCCUCGGGAGUUGAGUUUUGCUUUGGUCGGUCCUGCCCCAUUGUGGUUUUGAGUUCUUCACUGUUCUACACACUCGCCUCCUACUGCUGGGGCUAGGCGGCUCAUGUCCUCCUCCUGGGGGUGAGCCCUGGAGUUUUGCCUUUCCUUCUCAUCUUUGAGGGCUGAGGUCACACUUCGGGCGCCCCAGCCCCAGCCCCAGCUUCAGGUUGGGUGGUGAGGUCACCUCGCAGAAGACUUGCACUUUCCCCACGACCAACGUGGCCCAGCUCAGCGGGGCGGGCGGGGUGGCCACCCCUCCCGGAAGCCCAGCCCUGUCCUCCGUCUGGCCAGCCUUGCCUGACCUCUUCGGUGCUGCCCUUCCCGAAGCGAUGCCUUACUGGGUUUGUCCUAACCACCGUGUUCCUUCACAUGAGUGUUGUGCCUGCCUGAUGUUUUUGUUUUGUUUUUCCCCAUCACAAUGAACAGGGCUAAAGAGUCAUCUAUUCGUUAGGGGAACUCCUCAAGUUGCUGUGACCUUUCUCAUCUAAGACUCAUUUGUGUGGAUGCAUGAGCAUGGGAAAAAGAAAAAGGAAAAAAAAUUCCAUGUUUUUAGGUUCUUCUCACCUCCAGCUGACAACCUGAUAGGACAGUGACCUUCGUCACCAGCCCAGUGUGCAGAACCCUGCUGAUUCUUUUGGCCCGGUCUUUGGCUCACUGGGAUUUUCUUCACCGAGUGUGGUGCAUCUUUUAGUUUGUUUUUGCUUUAUAAAGAGAAUCUUUAUUGGGCUCCAGUGAGGGUGUUUUUAUUAAUGAUCAGGGUUUUAUUCCAUUUUUUGCCUUUCUGUUUCUGAAGGUUUGUGUCUUGGCAUUUUUCUUUAUUUUCUCAUCAUAAGAUCUUGGCCGAAACUGCUCAGCAUCACUUGGAAUGACACUACUCUCUUCCUCUUCGAGAGGAGCCGGGGAUCGUGUUCCACUAACUGGUGACUAGAAAACCUUUCCACACAGUUCCUGCUCACGUCUCGGCCAACUCAGACUCUAUUCUGCUCAGCCUUCAUGAGUCAUCUGGGUGUGAGUGUGUCUUGUGCUGUUUUUGUUUUUAAUAAAACUUUCAACCACAUAUUUAGCCUGUGGCCAGGAGCCAAACCCUGAGCCUUCUGGUAAGCCCGAAGGCUGGCCCUUCUCAGACAAUGUAUCUCCCAGCAAUGACCUUACACUCUCAUACUGUGAAUUUGGGAGGAAAUGAAGCUGACCUCCUCCUCAUGGGCAGUUUUCCCAGUCACCUUUCGAGUAGACACCUGCAAAUGUUAUUUGAAACUUUGGGGUUUGUUUUUUUCAAUGACACCCUCUCUUCUCUUUAUCCCCUUACCCCAGACUUCCCUCCCACUGGGUCCAGACUCAGAACCAAGACCUGUGUACCUGGUGCUGCCCGAGAGGCAAACAGCGACCCCACGUACUGGCCCUUGUGUGACUUCACAACUCAGUGCCCUUCUUAAAGCUUCGGGAAGCAGGGUUGUCAAAUAUGCCUAUUUCUUAUUUUGAUCAUAGUUUUACUUUUCGUGUCACUCACCUUUGACAAAGUGACUUUGUACUCAUUUAGGGCUCUGUCUGAAAUGCUUCCAUUUUGCCUUUUUCUACUGUUAGGCUAAUUUUGAAAAGUAUGAAAUUCUAUGCAACAUGUAAGUUGAGUUACUAAUGGAAGCCAAAAGUUUUCUUCCCAAACUGCCAAGAAUUAUACAGGCCAGCCAUAAAUGAGAUGGGAAUAACUUUUAAUUUAAGGUUUGGGGUGGGGUGGGGUAGGGUGGGACAAGGAACAAGACUUGCCUAGACCUUUGUCAUAUCUUAGGGACAUUUUUUAUUUCCCUGUUUAAUGCUCAAACUUCCAAAUUCUGUGUAUUCCAAUUUGAUUGUGGUGAAUCUACUUCAAAAGGAAGAAUAAUCUAACUUCAUGGAUAUUAAAUGGAAGGUUUGCUGUUUUGACCUAGGUGUUUCCAGUGGAGCAGUUUAUGAAAUAUGUUCUAUAAGAUGUACAUUUUUUCAUUGUAACAUAGAAAUUGUAAAUAAUUGAUUAAAGUGCUGCAUUUUGAUGAAUUUUUUCUAGCCAUUUUUAAAGAGAAAACUAGGAAUUGAGUAUUUUGUGUACGGUAUGUUUCCAUCCUCCCUCCCACUCCUCCUGCCUUCCUUCCCUAUUUAAUUUUCAUUUGUCAUGAGGUUUCUGGAUUUGCCAGUGAUCUGCUGGAGAUCAUGCCCCACGUCAUAGAAAAUAAAGCUGAUGAUUGUACCAGUCUUAAAUUAUUCAUGAUUCAAUAAAAUUGAUGCUUAUUUAUUCAAA